AUGGAGUCCCAGUUUCUGGAGAGAGUUCUGGAUGGAUGCGGCAACGAUUUAGACCCUGUCAUCGAAAGCCUGCUUGCGCUUUCUUUGGAGGAGAAAUUGGGGGGUUUCGCUGCGGAAUCAGAUACAUCUUCGGAGAAAGAAAAAUUGAGUAGUUGUGGAGAUCUGGCUGGGUGGGCGGACUUUCUUGUAAGGGAAUUGCAGAGUGCGACAAGUAUUGAUGAUGCCAGAGCCCGCGCGUCAAGUCUGCUGCAGAUGCACGAAGAGUCAAUCCGUCGACAAGAAGCGGCUCAAAUCGAAGUGAUGAUCGGAGAGAAUGCAAUACUGAAACGCGCUAUCGCCGUUCAGCUUCGACGGCAGAAAGAGUUUGCCGAGGAUCGGAACAGGGAGGUCCGGGACUCGAAGAAAUUAUUGUCUCAGUAUCAGGAGCAGUUGAGAACUCUCGAGUUGUGUGUGCGCAUACACAUAGUUGUAUAUAUUUUAUAUGUGCGUUAUGACGAAAAUGUUAAGAAUCACAUUGUUUUUGUCCCAUCUAUCCCAAACGCUGAAAUUGAUCCACAUGAUCCAUGUGCAGUCGUGACUCUGCACGUGAUGAAAUAA